AUUCUCAAUAUGCUACCCGAAUAAAAGCUUUUGAAAAACACAUUGAAAAAUAUCCUUCUGUAUAUGAUUUGUCAAAAAUACUUGAAAAGAAAUGGUUCAACGUUUCCGCUAGUAUUCUUUUACGUGACGAUGAGUUUUGUUCAUUAUGGUGCAAUUUCACUGAGGAUCUUUAUGUAAAUACUUACAAUGUCUUAUCUUGCCUUGGAGUAGGAAUGCACCGUGUUGUAACAUCUAUGACUGUUGGAAGAUCAACGGCAGGAGAUAUUAAUUGUAGCGAAGGCGAGUAUAAAUUUGGAAAAGGUAUUGUAAUUCCAAAAAUUAACGCUAGACCAGUAGAUUUUUUUGCCUUGUCAAGCAUUUUAAAUAUAACACCAGAAUGUUAUGACAAAAUGUAUGUUGUCCAUGGCUUGGUUAGUUGUAUUACAGUUCAGAAAACAAAAUGCACUUGGGUUGCCUAUAAAUGCAAACUGUGUGCACAUGAGCAAGCUAUUCGACAAAAGGAAUACCCAACUAAGCCUUUGCAUUGCCGUAUUCAGUGUAAUUGUAAAAGAAGCUUUAAAGAGCUACGUUCUUCCUCAUACUCAAAAAUUGAAUACAUUGAAAUGAUAAGACUCCAUGAAGUAGGGAUGCACAACUUUGACAAGUCUAUUUAUAUAGAUAUAGAAGUCCGCAGAGAUUUGGUUGAUACUUUUUUUCCAGGCCUUGAAAUAACAGUAGUAGGAGUUUUGAAGAUGAAACCUAUAACUCUAGAGAAACCAAAAUUGAAAAAUUAUUAUUUACAAGCUGUUUGUUUAGUAAAUAAUGAGCCUCUUCGUUCAAAUCAGAAAGAUAACAGUAUUAUUCAAACAAUAACUAUGGAACAUAACUACAUAGGUUUAUUGGUACAAUCGCUAGCUCCUGAGAUAUGUGGUUAUGAAAUGGUUAAACUUGCAGUGUUGCUAUCACUGUUUGGUGGAUCUAGAUCGCAUCUUGGUGAUAAAGGUGAGCUUAAUGUGUUACUUAUAGCUGAUCCAGGCUUGGGAAAAUCCAAAUUGCUUAAAAAUGCUGCCUCAGUUUCCGAAAGAGGAAGGUUCGUUUCAGUAAACGAAAAAACAAAUUUCAUGCCGACUUGUCAAAGUACAAGGAACUCAAUCGAUACUGGAUCCUUAAUGAUUUCUCAGACCGGUCACUGUUGUAUUGAUGAUUUGGAAAAACUAUCGCGUAAUCAAGAACUUCUUAUACAUACAAUGCAAACAAAAUCGUCAUCUUCACGAGUACACAAUAAGACUUUUAAAAUAUUGGCAAAGCCUUCAAUAAUUGCAGCAGUUAACCCAGCUGGCGUUCACUACGACCCUUCAAAACUGCUUCGUGAAAAUGUUCAAUUAAGUCCAUCAUUUCUAUCGCUUUUUCAUUUGGUUUUUCUAAUAUGUGAUGAAGCCGACAAAGAUCAAGAUAAUACCCUGACAGAGCAUGUUAAAGCUUUGCAUUCAGGCAUGAAACAUGUUUUAUCUAUACCCACCAAAUAUAACUUGGAGCUCAAACCCAACAAUUGUAAUGUACAUAGUGAAAAAUCGUGUUUUGAUAACCAGCAAAAAAAUAAUUCUAACGAACAUCUAGAUUUAUUACCCGGAGUUUUAUUAAACAAAUAUAUCGGGUAUGCUCGUAAUAAUAUCAAUCCAUUACUAACGGAGGAAGCUACAAGUAAAAUAAAAGAGUAUUAUAUGGGACUUAGGAGAGGAAAAAAUAAAGAAGAGCUUUUUUCAAUAACAACAAGACAACUUGAAGGGCUUAUUCUAUUAACGAAAGCGAGAGCUCGAAUUGAGUUGAGUUUUAGAGUAACUGAACAACAUGUUGAUGACGUAAUUAAUCUCGUUCGUCUGAGCCGUACAUCAACAGCAGACCUAGUGAAUGCCAAACAAUAUGGAAGUUUUCUCGGUACAAGCUCGGGGAGUAAAAUUAAGAAAUGCAUCCAAAUGCUUCAGGCUCGCUGCAAUGCACUGAGUAGAACUACUUUUGAACUUGAGGAACUCAAGGAUAUAGCCUUACACGCUGGCCUUAAGUCUGAUGUUGCGGAUGUCAUAGACGUCAUUAAUAUGCAAGGAUAUUUGCUAAAAAAAGGACCAAAUUUAUAUGAAUUCAUUAAUAAUGUAUAGUUAAACUCAAUAAUAAAGUAUCUUAAAUGUUUUGCUAACAGUUUAAAAAGAGGACCAAAGUAUUUUUGAUAGAUAGAUAGAUAGAUAGUUUAUUGAUUUUGUUUAAAUUUUACAAUGGUUUGUUACCGCACAUUUUACAAUAUAGUGAUUUGAUACAAUGUAUCUUUCAGCUAAAAUAGUAUGUAUAUAAGUUUUAUAAAUUUUCAAUAAGGUUUACAUAAUUAUAAUUUUAAUUUUGACCGGAGGAAAAAAACCAUAACAACCUCCAUUUAAUGUAAGAAUAUAAUAAAAUCAUAAAGCUAAUGACUAGUAAGGGUAUGAAGUCUAUCAGGUUAACAGAUAAACCAAUAAAUGAAUAAAUGAUAGUUUGUUAACAAUAAGUAUGAAUAAAUAUUUAAUAAAUUACAUAAAAAUGUAAAUAAUGUAAUAAAUAGAAUAAAAUAAAAUAAAUAAAUAAAUAAGUAACUAAAUAAAUAAUAAUAAAAUAAAUAAGCAAAACAAAAAUUAACAAAUAAAUAAAUAAAUAUAUCACAGGUAAAAAAAAAAAAUCAAAAAAAUAGAAUUUUUAAUUUGGAUUAUUAAGUUCACCAACCAAAUUGUUCUCAGCAAGAUCAAGUCGAUCAAAGAAUUUUGUUGUUAGUUUAAUGAUUCUAUCUUCGAUCAAUUCGACAUUCGCCUUUACGUGGAGAUCUAAGGUGGAAUGAUGCCAGGGUAGAUUGAGCAUCAUUUUUAAAACUUUAUUUUGAGCAAUUUGUAGU